UUAGGGUUUAUCGUCGCCAUGGCGAACCGCACGGACCCGGCGGCCAAGAGCGUCCACGGCACCAAUCCACAGAACCUGGUGGAGAAGAUUUUGCGCGAGAAGAUCCACCAGAGCUCGUUCUGGAAGGAGCAGUGCUUCGCGCUGACAGCCGAAACCCUGGUAGACAAGGCGAUGGAGCUGGAUCACAUUGGAGGAACUUACGGCGGGAACAGGAAGGCGACGCCGUUCAUGUGCCUCACUCUCAAGAUGCUCCAAAUCCAGCCCGAGAAGGAGAUCGUCGUGGAGUUUAUCAAGAACCAAGACUACAAGUAUGUGAGAGUUUUGGGAGCGUUCUACUUGCGACUCGUGGGCAAAGCCACGGACGUGUAUCAAUACUUGGAGCCUCUCUACAAUGACUAUCGCAAGAUCAGGCAGAGGAGCGCUGAUGGAAGUUUCUUCCUCUCCCAUGUCGAUGAGUUUAUCGACCAGCUCUUAACCACGGACUACUGCUGCGAUAUCACUCUUCCUCGAGUUCCCAAGAGAUCGGUGCUCGAGCAGAACAAUCAGCUGGAGCCGCGGAAGAGCGCUCUAGAGGACGACUUUGAGGAAGAAGAGGAGAAGGACGAGGAAGAAGGAGAACUCGAGCUUACAAACGAAGACAAGGCAUUGGAAAACGAUCGUGAAAGAGAAAGAGAAAGAGACCGUGAUCACAGGGAUAGGGAGUCCGAGGACCGGGAUAGACACAGGGACCGCAGAGAUCGAGAUAGGGACCGGGACAGAGAUUACAGGGACAGGGACCGAGAGCGAGAGCGGGACUUGUAUAGAGAUUACUACCGAAGGAGGGAGAGGGACGGAGAUAGAGACCGGGACAGGGAUAGAGAUCGCAGACGUAGGAGCCGGAGUAGAAGCAGGGAACGCAGGGAGCGAAGGGACGACAGCUCAAGGCGAAAGGACGAACAGCGGCCACCCGAGAGCGAUAAGAAGAAGAAGAAAGACACAAAACCGGAAGAGGACCCCGAGAUCGUGGAGGCCAACAAGCUCCGAGCCAAGCUUGGAUUGAAACCUCUUCGCUGAAAAGAAUGGUAUCUAGGAGGUAAUGUACCUGUGUUUUUUUUUUUUUUUUCCGCUUUGCUAUAACAAAGCGUGCGUGGCAAUCGCGAGCAGGAACUCUAGUACGUUUCCCCGGA